ACACUAUUUUUGUUUAAAUUAAUUUGAACUGAGAUUUUGACUUUCAUUUAAGGGCAGUAAAUCAGUCCCUGAAUUUUAUGAAUUUAAUAUUGACUGCCAAGAAGAAAUGGUACAGCCUGAGGAAAAUGUCUUAAUUCUACUGGAGAACUCUCUCUUAAAUCCAAUACAAAAUAGUCAAGAUCCAGCUAAUCAACAGAGUUCUCAUGUGAUCAAGGAUACCGUACAAAACAAUUCAUCAACAGAAGAUUUUAAUUUGACAAAAUCUUCACCAAAGAGAAUGAAAGAUUAUUACUGCAAAAAACCAGACCUGUUCAUUUUUGAUCAACCAGCUAGUGAGAGCAAUUUCGAUAUGCAGUCCUGUGGCGGUCUUAGCAAGGAUUUAUCGGCAUCUAAUAUCUUCGAAGAAAAUAUAGAAGAUCAUUCCACUCCACCUAUUCCAACAAAAUCAUUAGCAUUCAAUCACCGGCUGCCAUUUGUAGCAGCUGAAAAAAUAAAAUAUUCUGAAAACACAAUCCUUGGGAGAGGAAAUUAUGGCACUGUUUACAAGGGUUACUUUCUGGAUACUCCAGCGGCUGUAAAAAUUAUCCAGAGUGUCCAAAGUCUUGAUCAUAUUCAAGAGAUUAAAGUAUGUCUAACAAUGUCACAUCCUAACAUUGUAAGAUUAAUGGCCGUUGGACAAAGAGAGAAUGAUAUAUUACUCGCUAACGAGUUCAUUCAUGGAGACACCCUACAAAAAGUAAUUAAUUCGCCUAAAUGCCCAAUUAAGCUAAGCUUUGAAGAAAAAGCCUUUGUUGGCAUUGAUAUGUCUUUGGCAAUACAAUAUAUACAUGAAAGAAAAAUUAUUCACCAAGACAUUAAACCAGCAAAUGUUAUGAUAACCUUUUUAAACAAAAAGGCCAUUCUGACAGAUUGGGGUUUGGCCCACAUGAAAGAUUCUGUGUCACUCAAUAUGGGCAGUCAUAUGUCCAGAACAAUUUUCCCGCAAAACGGUGGAACUCCCUUAUACAUGUCCCCGGAAUGUCAAAUACAGUACGAAGCUGCAACCUACCAAUCUGAUAUUUGGUCUUUUGGAAUUUUACUUGUAGAAUUAUUUAGCGGCAAAUGCGCGUGGAAUGUGAAGGACAUGAUCUCUUUUAACAGAUUGCUUUCCAGAAAGACACAACCGCAUGGCCUUGCUGAUGUUCCUGCAUCAGUUAAAGAGAUUGUUACAUGCUGUGUUAAGUACAAUAGAUACGAACGCCCAUCUGCCACACAAGUAGUCCGUUUUUUAAAAAAAAUUCCAAAUUUGGAUUUCUGUAACCACUAUGGUUACAUGUGGUAAGAUGGUUUCUGUCUUCUGGCCCUCCUUUUGCGCUCCACUACUGUUGCAACAAUUUCUUUAAAGGGAUACUGUCAUUGUAAAAAAAAAUUUUCAAAAUUAAUCAGUUAAUGGUGCUGCUCCA